GAGAGUAGCAGACAUGAAGGCCACCCUGGCACUCGUAGCGGCGCUCGCCAUCACGGCGCUGGCUGCCGCAGAUGACGAGAAGUACACCACCAAGUACGACAACAUCGACCUCGACGAGGUCCUUGCCAACGACCGCCUGAUGCACCAGUACGAACUCUGCUUCACCGAGGAAGACGACGGUAACUGCAGCCCUGAGGGCAAGGAGCUCAAGAAAGACAUCCCCGACGCACUAGAAAAUGAUUGUGCCAAAUGCAACGACAAACAGAAGGAAGCCACUAGGAAAGUUAUCAAGUUCCUAAUCAACCACAAACCCGAAACUUGGCACAAACUGAUGGAACAUUAUGACAAAGAUGGAAUAUACAGCGAGAAAUAUAAGAAGCUUGAGGAUGAGCUCAAAGAAUGAACACGGUUUUAACAUGUACUGCUAAUAUAUCUAAUAAAUUCUUAUUUGCAAGCGUA